CAUUUCCAGGCUUGUGCAUCAGAAAUUGAACACCGCCAGGAAUUAUCCUGUAGCUACAGCUAGUAUUCACCUAGUUGUGCAACAAUUUGUACGUGGUUAUAUCGUAAACAACAAUGCAUCAUCAUAGUAGUAGAAACAUCUGCUAGACGCCCAACCUACGCCGAAGAAUGGCCAGCAGCAGCAGCAAAGAAACCUUUCGGGAACGGCAGGAAACCGAACUAGGAGUGAUCCGCUCGAUCUACGAAACGCAAGUCGAAGAUCUACGUCCACCCGGUGUUAAAUGGCGACCACUGGAGGUGCGGCUAAAACUCACCCCACAAAAGGGUUCUGCACGGGAGUUUUACGCAAAGACCCAACUACGAAUCACCUGCGGAAAAAACUAUCCGAAAUAUCCCCCCAAAAUCGAGCUCGAGAAUACGGUAGGUCUGUCGGAUGCACUGGUACAGGACUUAUUGGAUACGCUGAAGAAGCAAGCUGACCAGCUGAAAGGGGAAGUUAUGAUCUACGAGCUGGCAGCUACCGUGGAAGGGUUCCUGCAUCAGCACAAUGCUCCGCCCAAAGGCAGCUUCUACGAUGAGAUGUUGGCCAACCAACAGAAGAUCGCUCGGGAGCGGCUGAAUACCCUGAAGGCAGAGGAAGACCAGCGAAGACAGGUCAUCCAAGAUGAGCUGCAGAAGCGCAAGAAAGAACUGGAAAAGACGAGAAGGGAAUCCAAGCAUAGCAUCAAUGAGGCCAGUCCGAUGCACCGUAGUAUGAGCUCUUCGGAGAACAGUGAUGGGAACAGCUUCCGGGGGUUGGAGCACUUUUGCCUGGAUCACCGUAGGAGUGAAACGUUGUUCUUCCGGGAUGGGAAGAAACUAGUGAAAGGAUCAUGCUUGGGACAUUCGCAGCGAGGUUGUAUCGCUUACUCGGGGAUCGAUGUUCAAACCGGACAGCUGGUGUACGUGACGGAAUGGAACAUCGAAUUGGACAAGGAAGGAAAAACGAUUUCCGGGAAGACACCGGAAGAGGUGGUGAGCGAGCUGGAGAAGCAGAUGAGCAGCUUGACAAAUUUGAGGCACAAAAAUUUGAUUUCCUACGAGGGGAUUCACUGCAAGGUCGGAAAGGAUAGAAUCGAUGUGUAUGUGGUUCAGGAUUUCAUUCUGGGGACGAGCGUUUUCACCAUUUCUGGAUCACUGGGAUGGUCGGCGGAAGGAGCCAGUAUGGUCGCCAAAGGCAUACUGGAAGCACUGAUAUAUCUCCACAACAAUGGAGUUUCGCACGACAAUCUCUCGGAUUCGGCGGUUUUCAUCGAUAAUAGUGGCAGCAUAAGAGUGGCCGAUUUCAAACUGAUUCCAUACAUCCAGGAGCUCAUCAGUGGCCAACAGUGCGUCCGAAGUGACCUUCCUGCGUUGGGAUCGCUAAUCGAAGCGCUAUUUAAUGCGCAUUCGGAAAUGAAGGACUUCAUCGAUCGCUGCAAAUCGGAACGGACCAUUUCGGGUUCGGAUCUUCUCGAGCAUCCAUUCCUUCGACCGAUCCUGUUUCAAGACAUCCUAAGAAAGAACCACCACUCUCCCCGGGAACCGAAACCCUCCGAUUUGCAAGUGGCAGAGCGAUCUCACCACUCCAUCCCGGCGUACAUGACAACUUCCCUCGCAACGGAAAAGUCUCGUCUUCAAACGGAGUUCGAGAGGCUGUCCUACAUUGGGAAAGGGGCUUACGGAGAUGUGCUGAAGGUGCGUAACAUCCUGGACAACCGGCAAUACGCGAUCAAGCGUAUAUUGCUUCCAGCGCGGAGCAAACAGUUCUACAAGAAGAUGACUCGGGAGGUGGAACUGCUCUCGAGACUGAACCAUGAGAAUGUGGUCCGUUACUAUAACAGUUGGGUGGAGGCAGUCAGUCCGGGUGAACUGGAACAGCACGGAGUGGAUUCGAGUUGCGAUUGGUCUAUCAGUGCUGGUAGUGCCCCGAAGAGGGUGGCACCGACUAAGGUUAUCAAAAAGAAUAACGACAAAAACUCGGAUUGGGUGCUGGAUUGUAUGGCAAUCGAUUCAAGCAGUAGCGACGACGACGAUGACGAUGACGACGACGGAGAUGGUAGUUCCGAUGGUAUUGAAUUUGUGGACUCCAAUGGGGAUGUGGCAACGUAUGCGAGCUUCAGCGAAGGUGUGGCCGGAGACAAUGCAAAGGGCAAAUGUGAUGGCGCCGCGACGGGGAGCCCGGAAGUGCUGUACAUGUACAUCCAGAUGGAAUUUUGCGAGAAGAGCACGUUGAGAACUGCCAUCGAUUCCAACCUCUACGAGGACGUCGAUCGUGUCUGGCGCCUGUUUCGUGAGAUUGCUGAAGGUCUUAGCCACAUUCAUCAGCAGGGCAUGAUCCAUCGGGAUCUGAAACCGGUCAACAUCUUCCUCGACUCACGGGAUCAGGUCAAAAUCGGCGACUUUGGCCUGGCAACUACCAGUAUUCUAGCUCUGCAGAAUCAACAGCAAGAACGGAUAGUUCAAAGUCAUCAGACCGCUUCGUUGGACAUGGGCAACUCGCUGACCGGCAAGGUCGGUACUGCUCUAUACGUAGCACCCGAACUCACCGGUAAUGCUUCUAAAUCCACCUACAACCAAAAGGUUGACCUCUACUCUCUCGGCAUUAUCCUAUUCGAAAUGAGUACGCCUCCGUUGGCUACCGGAAUGGAACGAGUUAAAACCAUGAUGGAUCUCCGCUCGGAUACGGUAAGCUUUCCAGAGCAAAUCCUAAACGAUGGAAAAUUCUCACAACAGGUUCAAGUCAUUCGAUGGCUUUUGAACCACGACCCAAGUAAAAGACCCACCGCCGAGGAGUUGCUAUCCUCGGAGCUAGUACCACCGAUCCGUCUGGAAGCAGGAGAGAUUCAGGACAUCGUCCGUCAUGUCCUAUCUAAUCCUCAAUCUCGACACUACAAACAUCUGAUAGCCCGUUGUUUCGCUCAGGAAAGCGAUACCAUUUGUGAACUCAGCUACCACCUGGACAUGGUCCCGAUCAUCCCCCGAUUCGAUUACGUCAAGUCCAAAAUUAUCGAACUGUUCAGAAAACACGGAGCCAUCGAAGUCGUCACUCCACUACUAACCCCGUACACCAAGUCCAACGCCCGGAACAAUUCUGUCAAACUGAUGACCCACUCCGGCAGUAUAGUGUCUCUUCCAGAUGAUCUACGGAUUCCAUUCAUGCGUCAUGUCGCUCUCAAUGGCAUCAAAUUCAUCCGCCGCUACUCGAUCGGACGUGUUUAUCGCGAAAAGAAAGUCUUCAACUUCCAUCCGAAGCAGGUCUACGAGUGUGCCUUCGACGUCGUAACUCCCAACCGCGGAAAUCUUAUCGUCGACGCAGAACUUCUAUCGAUUGCCAACGAAAUUAUGCGAGAACUGAAUCUACUGGACACGCAGCGGAACAUAUUCUUCCGCUUAAACCACAUCAACUUGCUCCGAUCGAUCUUGCUGUAUUGUAACGUUCCUUCGGACAAAUACAAAGAACUCUUCGAGAUAGUGCUGGACUUUUUCGAUGCAAAAAUCUCAAAAUUUCAGUUGAUCUCCUGGAUCAACAGCCAGAUCACGCAACUGGGAGUCAAGAUCAACACUGCUUUUCUGUGCGAUGCGUUGCAGAUAGAAAUCUCGCUAUCGCAGAUCAAUGGUACUCUGCUGAAGACACUGAUCAAGGGACGCGGUGAGGCGGCAACACUGGCCAAGGUAGCGAUACGAGAACUGGAAAUGGUCCAUUCGUUGGCACAGGGAUUGGGAGUGCAGGUGCCGAUGAUCAUCUGCCCGGGACUGCCGAUCAACUAUGAACGGACGAAGGGAGGAGGCGUCGUUUGGCAGCUGAUCGGAGAGUUGAAGGCAAAGAAGAAGAAUCCGUUGACUACGAUCGCGGUCGGGGGACGGUACGAUUCUAAGUUGGCGGAGUUUCAGAUAUCCGGAAUCAGCAACGGACUGCAGGUUCCGAAGGUUGAACUCAGCGGUGCCGGAUUCAGCUUUCAUCUGGACAAGCUGGUGUAUGCCUUGGGACCGACCGGUGGCUGUGAACCUGUAGAGGUAAUGAUCAGCAUCACCGGUUCCAGGCCUCCCCUGAAGGAAGUUGUCCAAAUUUUGCGUUUCCUUUGGUCUCAUGGAAUCAAAACUGGUAUUCUGGAGGGCGCCAUUUCCAUGGAAGAAUCAGCCAAGGAAGCAGGAGCCAACUUGGUAGUGAUGCUCGGAGAAGGUGGCGAGCUGCGGGUCCGCACCUGGAAUCACGAUCGUUUCCAGGAGUGUCACAUCACCCGACCGGAGCUGUUCGGUUAUAUUCUGAAAAUCCUUCGCCCAGAUCAAUCGACCAACGAAGUGACGACAGCCCUGCAGAGUGCAUCCCUCGCAAGCUCCACCUCGGCCAAGAGCGUACCCUCGCUGGUCAGCCAAAACCAGAACAACAGCACCGCUUCACUGGAUCUCAUUUUUCUCAUAGCGGAAAAGGUCAACACCAACAAGAAACGUCGCUACGAGAACCAGGUUGAGCACAGACUGUCUCCGAUACUGUCCAAGUUCCAGAAGAAGGAGAAGAUAUCACUGAUCAUGGUAGAUCUGCCGAAUGCUCCACUGCGGGGACUGAUUGGCCUGAUUGAUCCGGCCGAGUGCAGCAACGAUGAUGAAGGAUCCCCGAAUUCGGUCGAGUUGAAGGCCCUGAUCGAGCGGUAUCCCAAGUACAAGCGUAAUAUUAUGGAAAUCUACAGUGAGAUUGUGGAUAUUUUCAGCGAAAGUAAAGCCCUGCCGGUGGUCGGAGUGUACAGCGUGGUGGAUUCCUUCUGCCGGCUAAUUUUGUAGACCUAUGUUAGGUACAAAUGUCGCCGAUAGUGAUUCGUUUAGGCAAAUUAAUCAUAAAUUUUAAAACAAAUCAAUACCGAGAGAUGAACGUA